AUUAAAAGUUGUGUAAGUACCUUUUACUUUUGGUCUUAGUUUUUAACAGCCGUGUGAAUCCAUACAAAAAUAUAUUUAAUUGACCAACAGUCUUUGUACAUUGUACCUUCAGCCAACAUGGCGUCAUCGUUGGGUCGAGUUUAUAAGUUCGGUCUUUUGAAACCGAAUUAUGGAGCAUUAUUCAAUCAACAGGUACACAAUUUUUCUACUACAAACCAAUGGUCUAGGGGUAGGAAAAUGUUAAUAGCAUAUUUAGGAGUAGCAGCUGGAAGUAUUAGUGCAUUAAUCUGGACUUUGGAUCAAUCUGUAAAAGCUCAUGAUAUAGUAGCACAUCCACCAACAUAUAAAUGGGGCUUCUAUAAAAUAUUUACUUCAUUGGAUCAUAGAAGCCUUCGGCGUGGUUGGGAAGUGUAUAAAAAUGUAUGUUCAGCCUGCCAUAGCUUAGAUUUCCUAUGUUAUCGACAUCUUGUGGGUGUUACCCACACUGAAGACGAAGUAAAAGCUUUAGCAGAAGAAGUGCAGGUUCAAGAUGGUCCUGAUGAAUCAGGAGCCUAUUUUAUGCGUCCUGGUAAAAUAUCUGAUAAAAUACCAUCCCCAUAUCCAAAUGAAGAAGCUGCUAGAGCAGCAAAUAAUGGUGCUUAUCCACCAGAUUUAACUUAUAUUAUUAAUGCAAUGCAUGAUGGAGAGAACUAUGUAUUUUCAUUAUUAACUGGAUAUUGUGAUCCACCAGCUGGUAUUACUUUGAGAGAAGGUCAAUAUUUCAAUCCAUAUUUUGUUGGUGGAGCUCUUGGUAUGCCACAAAUCAUUUAUGAUGAAGUGUUGGAGUAUGAAGAUGGCACUCCUGCAUCUGCUUCUCAGGUAGCAAAAGAUGUAGUUGAGUUUCUCAUGUGGGCGUCAAAUAUUGAAUUUGAUGAAAGGAAAAGGUUAACUAUUAAGCUACUUGGUGUUUCUUCAGCAUUAUUAUUAUUAUGUAUUUAUUGGAAGAGACACAAGUGGUCAACUAUAAAAAAUACUAAAAUACUUUUCACUCCAACACAAAAGCCAAAGUAACAAACUUUUACAUUUAAAUCUACAUUAGCUCAAGGAAAAUGAUCCGACGAUGUUAGAUUCCAAUAUAUUGGAAUGUAGUUUUUUACCUUGUUUGAUUGUUGCAAUAUUUGUAAGAACAUAAUUGCACGCAAUUAAUAGA